AUGGAUGUUGCCGUUAAGAUAAACCCUAUCCCUUCCGACUUUGGAGGCAAUAUCCUAAAGCUAGCCGUCGCGAUCAAGAACAGUCGUCGCUUCGCCGAUCCAAGGAGAAUCUUCCGGGAGCUGAGCUCUAUGAAUCUCAAAGGUCCCACUGAACAAAUACUCGAGAAAGCAUACAUCGACUACUGUGACACUGCAUUGGAUGAUUUCUGCGCUAUAUUCUGGCCAUGCACCUUCACUAAUCGACGUGGCCGUUGUGUCAAUGUCAAAGAUCGCCACAAGAAAGGACACCAGAAUGAGAAAGGCCAAAUAAUCGGUACCGGUGAAUACCAGUCGAACUUUACUUGGGAUAACUUUGCAGACGACUGGGAAUCGUUCUUACUGCAAAACCUAUCGAGUUUUAAGAACACAGCCCAGCAAAAGAUUGCACACAACCCAACGACGAGCGAGCUUGUUGCGACUACCAGUUUGCAUCACACUAACAUCAACGCCUUCUAUGGACGGCUCGGUGGGGCUCAGAAAUUUGUCAGUCAUUCCACGUGCUUCUGCUGUUUGAGAGAGAUGGCGGAACAUCCGCUUCCUUGUGGUCAUGUGCUCUGUACGCCGUGUGUUAAAGGCUUUGGACAACGCCACGAAGGCACUAGCGGUCUGUAUUUUAUGGCCGCAUGUCCACUUCAUGAGGGUGAUACCCUUUUCCCUACGCCUUGGGAGGUACACUUUAAACCGCCACUGGCUGGUGUACGCGUCCUGAGCCUUGACGGUGGUGGAAUGCGGGGUAUUGUCAUCCUCGAAGUUCUUCUUCGUAUAGAAAAAGAAUUGGGGCAGAAAAUUCCAAUCAUGGAUUUCUUCGACUUGAUAGUCGGAACUAGAACAUACGCUGUUUGGCAUGUCUUAACCCCCUUACUAACGGCACACGAUAGCACAGGAGGGAUACUCGCGCUCGCGCUCGGAGUAAAAAGGUGGGACGUCAGGGACAGCAUUCAACGCUUUAAAAAGCUUGUCGACAAAGCUUUUACACCAAAGUUCGUUGGCGGUUUGAAGCUCGGCAAGAGCAAGUACCGUACUAAGCCUCUAGAAGACGCACUAAAGGAAACUUUCAAGGACGAGGCCAUCUUCGGCGGAACUCGUGAUGUAGCUAGUGGAGCACGCAAAGUCGCCGUCACUGCUUCUUGUGAAACCGGCGAACAAGCUGUCAUUUUCGCAAACUAUAACAGAGCGACCGACGAUCAAGCGAGUUAUCGUCUUGAUCGUCCGGAUGACCCUUCAAGUGGACUCAAGCUCUGGGAAGCGGCAAGAGCAACAUCAGCUGCGCCAACGUUCUUUAAGCCCUUCGUUAACCAGCGCACAAAGGAAGGUUUUAUAGACGGCGCUGUCUUUCACAACAACCCAGUGGUCAUUGCAAAAUAUGAAAGCAGGCUUAUCUGGCCAGAUGUUGAAGAGCAGCAUCCAGAUAUUUUCUUAUCCAUCGGAACUGGCCACAAUGGGGAGGAUACCGAGGGCUUCAUAGAUCCGUGUCAUUUGGAUCAGAGACGUCAAAAAACGAGAAACGUACUGUUAUCACGACGAUCCGAACCGCGACCGCGCGGCAUUCCUGCCUUUUGGGCCUUCCCCGAAGUUAACUCCUGGAUCAAUGUGCUCUUCAAGCGUGUCGACAAUCUUCUGGAUUCGGAAGCAACGUGGAAAAACUUCCGUAAAGAGAUAACAGCGAGUUCGUCGCACAUUCAAGCUCAACGAUAUAUACGGGUCAAUCCCCGGGUUGGAUUUCGCACCCCGAAGAUGGACGAUAAGAACCAAAUCGACCAGCUGCACGCUAGCGUCAGCGAAGACAUGAAUAAGGCCAGAAUGCGCACCAAGAUCAUAUCAAUUUCCCAUCGGCUUGUUGCAAGCUGCUUUUACUUUGAGAAGGCUGGGCCACUCAGGGAAGUCGAUGACAACUUUGUUAUACCAGGCACAAUCCGUUGUCGCUUCGCCAGAGGCUCAGAUAACCUACGCAACCUCGGCGUCUACAUUAUGAGACACCAACGGCACCCCUUUCAACCGUACUUCAAAGUGCAAGAAGCACGACAUGGCGAGAGGACACAAUAUAUCUACCUGAUCAGAGAGAUCAUCCGAAUGAUGACAGAAACCGCAUCCUUUGAUGUCGGUUCCAUAGUCAUCCCUGUGUCUCAACAGACCGCCCUCGUGGCAAUAGAUCUCCACCUCAUCGACGAAAAGAAGAGCAGCGGCAUUCCCAUAAGUGGGUUUCCUAGAAGUUUGGCCGAGGGUGAACCCCUCAAGAGACCUAAACUCACCCCUAUGGCCCAAAAGCGCGAAUCUCUCCGUCGACGGCGAAGCGUUUUGCUCCGCCGACCGGACGACAAUCCUGAUCUCUCUCGAAACGUCAGUGGGAGCGGUAGCAGCAGUAGCAGCGACCCAAGCGCCUUUGCGGAAACCCCAAACGAUGUUAACAAUUGGGUCAGACGCCGGCUUAGAGCGACACGCGCGCCGCCGAAACCUGUGCUGCCCUUGGAUAAUCAGGAGGUUUUUGAGCUAUACGGCUCACCGCCGGCCCAGGGACCGGCGGAUCAGGAUGAGGAUGAUGAGGCGUUGACGAGGGCGUUGGCGAGGAGUGAGCGUGAGGGGUUCGCGGGAUUGAGGACAAUGGAUCCCGGGCAGGAUGAGGAUGACGAGAUGCAGAGGAUUAUAUUGUUGUCGCUUUUAGAGAAAUGA